AGAGAACGUGCAAAAAGUAACCGGGAAAGAGGUCACAGUUAAAAACUGUGGUUAUAUUGCGUGCGCCCACUGUCUGGUUUCCACUGUAUUUCUCCCAACACCUUUCGCCUGCUCCUGCUUUAUAUAAAGCUGGUGGAUUAAUUGCACAACUAACUUCUAAUCAUCCAAAACCCUAGCUUAUACUUCCGAUGUCUUCCGUCUUCGCUAACGUCGUUCGCGCUCCUGAGGAUCCUAUCUUAGGGGUCACUGUUGCUUAUCACAAAGAUCAAAGUCCUAAUAAGUUGAAUUUGGGUGUUGGUGCUUAUCGAACUGAGGAAGGAAAACCUCUUGUUCUUAAUGUUGUGAAGAAAGCAGAGCAGAUGCUUGUAAAUGAUCAGUCUCGAGUAAAAGAGUAUCUUCCUAUUGUUGGACUGGCAGACUUUAACAAAUUGAGUGCCAAGCUGAUUUUCGGCGCUGAUAGUCCUGCCAUUCAAGAGAAUAGAGUCGCAACUGUCCAGUGCUUAUCUGGUACUGGCUCACUGAGGGUUGGGGGUGAAUUCCUGGCCAGACAUUAUCAUGAACAUACAGUGUAUAUUCCCCAGCCAACUUGGGGAAACCAUCCAAAAAUUUUCACUUUAGCAGGCUUAUCGGUGAAGACAUACCGCUAUUAUAAUCCAGAAACGCGUGGAUUGGAUUUUGAAGGCAUGCUAGAGGAUCUUGGUUCUGCUCCAUUGGGAGCAAUAGUGCUUCUUCAUGCAUGUGCUCACAAUCCAACCGGUGUUGAUCCAACCAUUGAGCAGUGGGAGCAGAUCAGACAGCUGAUGAGAUCGAAAAGCUUGUUACCUUUCUUUGACAGUGCAUAUCAGGGUUUUGCUAGCGGCAGCCUUGACGCCGAUGCACAGUCUGUUCGCAUCUUUGUUGCAGAUGGUGGUGAAUGCCUUGCAGCUCAGAGUUAUGCAAAGAAUAUGGGACUCUAUGGGGAACGCGUUGGUGCCCUGAGCAUUGUUUGCAAGACUGCAGAUGUGGCAAGCAAGGUUGAGAGCCAAUUGAAACUAGUUAUCAGGCCUAUGUAUUCCAGUCCACCUCUUCAUGGUGCAUCUAUUGUGGCUGCGAUUCUCAAAGAUGGUGACCUCUAUAAUGAAUGGACACUGGAGCUGAAAGCAAUGGCUGACCGAAUCAUCAGCAUGCGACAGGAGCUCUUUAAUGCUUUACAAGCAAAAGAAACACCAGGUGACUGGAGUCACAUUGUCAAGCAAAUUGGAAUGUUUACAUUCACUGGGUUAAACUCUGAGCAAGUCACCUUCAUGACCAAUGAGUAUCAUAUAUAUUUGACAUCUGAUGGGCGGAUCAGCAUGGCAGGUCUUAGUUCCCGAACAGUUCCUCAUCUUGCAGAUGCUAUUCAUGCUGCAGUUACUGGCAAGGCCUAGAUACUGUUGUGUUAUAUAUACAUGUUUCAUGAGAUUUUGGGUAGAUGUCUGAAAACCUUGUUUGGAGCUCACUGAUCUUCAGUUAGCUUUAAUAAAGAUGUACAUGUCGCCUGGAGCCAAAUGGUUAGGUUUUAUCUGUGAGCUAGCAUGUCUGGUAAGAGCAUGACAUGACAUUAAGCACAAUAUAAAUGCCUAGACAGCUAUUACAGGAACAUGAUUGACGCUGAGAAAUGACUUCGUUUUUGCAAAAACUUUUUUAUAUAUCUAAAUGCAUCAUAUUUGUUAA